AUAUUUACCGUACCAGUGAAUGUUAAACGGCUUUUAUAUUUCUGCAGAAAACUAGCCCAUUAAUGGUAUUUUAGUAAAGGCAAUGGAGUAGUGAUAUAAAUAUUUGUGUAGUCGCGCCGGUAUAACCUUCACAGCCGUUCUCUCGAGCGCAGGACCUUUAACGUUACAAUGAUUCGGCGUCACAGAAAGUCUCGCCAGCAUUUUUGAGCUGCUUAAAGGUUGCAAAACUGCAGUCUGGUUAGACCACUUCAGAAAUUUACUCCGCUAUGACAGAGAUUCUUCGCAGAGUCCACGGUGGCUUUCUAAGAGUGGUCCUGCUCCCCAGCAGCUUUGGGAACAAAGCGCCCCGUCCCGCCGCCUCUGAAGUACUAACGUGUCACCUCACCCAGCGCGCGCUGCCGCCCUGGACUUCCUUCUGCGUGCGCUACCGAGAUGUCAUCAACGACCAGUUCGGUCUGUCCAACUUUAACUGGCAGGUGCAGGGAGCGAACUACCACAUCCUUAGGACCGGCGCUUUCCCUUUUAUCAAAUACCACUGCACCAAAGCUCCUCCGCAGAACCUGGAGUUUGAAAAUAAGUUUUUCGGUGCACUGAAAAUCAUCAAUCUAGGUAUCCCAUGCUUGGCAUAUGGCUUGGGUUCAUGGAUGGUAGUUGGAGUGACAGAGACCGUUCAGACCUCUGCAGGACCUGUUACGGUUUACUUUGCAUACAAGGAGGUGGACGGUGCUCAGUUCUAAUAUCAGAGACACAAUCAGAGAGUAUUUGAAAAGAAGGACUUGAGUUUCACAAGAAAAUGUUUGCCACAGGCCAUCUAAGAACGUGUGUGA